AUGAGUUGCGUCAGUGAAUUGUCACAGUCAAAUGAGUAUCUUAGUUUUAGAAGCAGCAUUCCCUUGAGAAAAAUUGUGGUUGACUCAGAUGGAUCCAAGGCCUGGAGAAUUUUCGAUAGUGGUCCAAAAUCAGUAAGUUGCCCAUUGAUAUGUCUACCACCAGUGUCUGGCACAGCUGAUGUAUUUUUUCAACAAGUUUUGGGACUUGCUGCUAGAGGAGUUCGGGUCAUUGCUGCUGAACCUCCACCAUAUUGGAACAUGAAAGAAUGGUGCGAUGGCUUCAAAAGACUUAUUGACUACCUGGAACUUGACAAAGUACAUGUUUUUGGAGCUUCUUUAGGUGGAUUUAUUGCACAGAAGUUUGCAGAACUAACCAGCAACUGUCCCAGAGUUGCCUCUCUUGUGCUCUGUAACACAUUCACAGACACAUCUGUGUUUGAGUACCAUGACUCUGCAGCCCUCUUCUGGCUACUACCUUCCUUGGUUUUGAAAAGAAUGCUUAUGGGAAACUUCACAACUGACAAACUGGACAAAAGAAUGGCUGAAGCUAUUGACUUCAUGGUUGAAAGACUUGAAUCUUUAAACCAAUCAGAGUUAGCAUCAAGAUUGACCUUGAACUGCACACCCUGUUACAUAAAACCUCAAGCUUUACUUCAUUUGCCCAUCACAGUAAUGGAUGUUUGGGAUGAAUGUGCCUUGAGCUCCAGAGUUCGUGAGGACCUUUACAAGUCGUAUCCUCAUGCAAAACUAGCCCAUUUAAAAAGCGGCGGCAAUUUUCCGUACUUGAGUAGAAGUGAUGAGGUCAACCUCCAUUUACUAAUUCAUUUGCGACAAUUCGACGGCACGGACUUAUCGGCGUCAUAUAUCAGUUUGCACAAAAUGCCAGCACCUAUAAACCAACCAGAGGAAGGUACAGUCAGCUACUUCAAUCAGAGAGAAAAAGUCGUGAAGAUAUCGUAA